GCGGGAAGCGGUUUUGAGCAAUGGCGGCGGCCUGAGGGGGCCUGAGGCGAGCUGAGGAGACCCGCAGACACGACCGGGUACCGCGGAGGGCAUGGCGGUGCCCUUUGUGGAAGACUGGGACCUGGUCCAGACGUUAGGGGAAGGCGCUUACGGAGAAGUCCAGCUGGCAGUGAACAGGCGAACAGAAGAGGCGGUGGCCGUGAAGAUCGUGGACAUGAAGCGGGCCGCGGACUGCCCCGAAAACAUCAAGAAAGAGAUCUGCAUCAAUAAAAUGCUGAACCACGAGAACAUAGUGAAAUUCUACGGGCACCGGCGAGAAGGCAACAUCCAGUACCUGUUUCUGGAGUACUGCAGCGGGGGAGAGCUCUUCGACCGGAUAGAGCCCGACGUGGGGAUGCCCGAACCUGAGGCCCAAAAGUUCUUCCACCAACUUAUGGCCGGCGUGGUCUACCUGCACGGCAUCGGGAUUACCCACCGGGAUAUUAAGCCGGAGAACCUUCUGCUCGAUGAAAGAGAUAACCUCAAGAUCUCGGACUUCGGCCUGGCCACGGUGUUCCGGCACAACCACCGCGAGCGCCUGCUGAACAAGAUGUGCGGGACGCUGCCCUACGUGGCCCCGGAGCUGCUGAAGCGCAAGGAGUUCCGGGCCGAGCCGGUGGACGUCUGGUCGUGUGGCAUCGUGUUGACCGCCAUGCUGGCCGGAGAGUUGCCGUGGGACCAACCCAGCGACAGUUGCCAGGAAUAUUGUGACUGGAAGGAAAAGAAAACGUACCUCCCACCUUGGAAAAAGAUUGAUUCUGCCCCGUUAGCCCUGCUGCAUAAAAUCCUGACCGAGAGCCCGACGGCACGGCUCACCAUCCCAGACAUUAAGAAAGACCGGUGGUACACGAAACCCCUGAAGAAAGUUGCGAAAAGGAGCCGGGCCUCUUCGGGCGGCCUGGCGGACUCCCCCGGGGGCUUUGGCAAGCACAUUCGCUCCAACUUGGACUUCUCCCCCGUGAGCAGCGCUCUCAGCGAAGAUAAAGUGAAGUACUCCAGCUCCCAGCCCGAGCCUCGCACGGGGCUCUCCCUGGGCGACUCCGGCCCCGCCGACAUCGACAAGUUGGUUCAGGGCAUCAGCUUCUCUCAGCCGGCCUGCCCGGACCACAUGCUGCUGAACAGCCAGCUCCUUGCCACCCCGGGCUCCUCCCAGAACCCUUGGCAGCGGCUGGUUAAGAGAAUGACCCGGUUCUUCACGAAGCUGGACGCCGAUAAGUCCUACCACUGCCUGAAGGAGACGUGCGAGAAGUUGGGCUACCAUUGGAAGAAGAGCUGUGUGAACCAGGUCACGGUGUCGACGACGGACCGGAGAAACAACAAACUGAUCUUCAAGGUGAACCUGGUGGAGAUGGGCGAGAAGAUCCUGGUGGAUUUCCGGCUGUCCAAGGGUGACGGGUUAGAAUUCAAGAGGCACUUCCUGAAGAUUAAAGGGAUGCUGAGUGACGUGGUGAGCAGCCAGAAGCUCUGGCUUCCCGCCACUUGAACCCCUGGCCCCAGGGUCAGCCACCGAAUCCAGCGCGGCUACGUUGACACUGCCUGCCCCGAGAAGGUCACACCAAUUGUCACACCUCAGGCCGGAGGCCCCAGCUCCCGAGGGGUUCCCCCGCCCCGUACCCUCUUCACUCUCCUGCCCUCACGCCCCUCCACCCCACUGUCACACACAGACACAUUCCGCUUCUCCAAAACACGGUCCUCUCUCCCGGCCUUUUUUUAUCCCCGUCGAAGCAGUACAGAAGCUGUGGAAAGGGGAUGUCCUGUAGGCUGAAAACUCCCCACCCCUGGCACAUCCACGAUCUCGAGGUGGAGCGUGGUGGCCCCGAGUCAGUCAAUUCACUUUCACGGGUAAUUGGGUUGGGUUAUGCCUAGCAAAAGUGUAUAUGUCUGUGUCUGUUGUCGACCCGUCUCUCCUCUCUCUACACACAAGUGCCUCUUUGGGUUUUUCCACCAGCUCCUUCCGCCCGCUGAAUUCGGCCUAGUUUGAGGAAAUGAACUGUGUUUCUCCAUGUGGAGUUUGUUUGGCUGUUCCUGGGCCUUUCCUGGGAGAGGUUGAGCCCCGGCCCCAUGCCUGCCGGCUUCUCUUCCUUUGAACCCACUUCACUGUACGGACCCUUGGUAUUUGCACCUCGUAGUUAAGAGUGAGCGCUUGUGGUGUGUGUGCAUAUGGGGCGUCUGCUGUGUAUGUAUGUUUAUAUCCUCUUGUUUUGUUUGUUUCCCCAUUUCACACUGUUUUAUCUGCCACUACAGGAGUCAGAAAAAAUUUCUGCUUAGAAUCCACUUUGUUCCCAAGCCGCAACCAGGACAGGUGGAGGCAGAGCAGGGAUGGGAGAGGGAGGGAGGGAAGGAGGGAGAGAGCAAGGGCUGGACCUUUGUUCCCAGACCCUGUCUCACCAGAGAGGGUGGAUGGAUGGAUGGAUGGUAUCCAUGCUCUGGGAAUGUGCCCAUUUUCAGUGGGGAACACCUGCCUUCCUUCCUCCCUCUCACCCUCUCUCCUUUCUGCCUGACCAGCUAGUUAGCAGACAUGGAUACACCCUUUGGGGAGAUUAAUAAAGGACUUGUUCAUUUCA